AUGUCGAUCAUAUACAACCCGAACGCCCAGCACCAACCACCUCUUCCACCUCUGCCCAUACAACUCAGGGUUGUGAUCAACAACCCGCAAUUUGGUGAGGUCCCGGAGCCAUUAGUAUAUUUUUGGGCAAUACAACCACUCCACCGUUGUGAUACUACUAUGGAGCAGACAGUGCCCUUUACACCAUUUAAUUAUGACGGUUCCUCAUUUAGGGUGGUACUAGAACGCCUGCUGUCAGGUCGCGACGAUGGUGAGCUUCGCAUCUUGAAGCGCUGGGACGAAAACUUUAUAAAAACCGUUCCAGAUGAUGGCCACAUUAUCGCUCUGAGGAGCACCGGGGAUGACGGAGAGCGAUUAGCAAUCAAAGUGGCGGGAUUGUAUAGGAUCACAGUUUCUAUACGCCUUACCUCCCGACUUCCUCAAUUUAGUGAUACGCUGGUUGAAGGGAGAUAUGAACUCAGGGUUAGGAGGCGAAGGCAAUGGGAUUAA